AUGUAUGCGAAUGCAGAAGACGGAGAUGACGAGCCGGCGCAGCAAGAGCACCAGCAAGAUGAGGAGCAGGACGAGCAGGAGGAUGAAGACGAAGAGCACGAGUUUGGCGAUCUUCCAGGCGAUCACGACGGCAUGGUCGAGCGCAUGCUAGCCUACUACAAGGCCUUCGGAUACGGGAAAUGGCUCUGGUACCGCGAAGACAGGGACAAGCGGCUCCGGCUGCGGGGCCGGGGCGUGACGCUCGAUCUCGACGAGAUCCGCGCGUUGGCCCGAGCCGCGGACGACAUCGAGCUUUGGGAGCUCGGCCAGAUCUCCCUGUUCGAGCAGAAGAAGCCCGCCCUCUCGACCUGGAUCCUACACAAUGUGUCGCAGAUCCCCGCCGGCAUCGCGCUCGUCGCCAUCGAGCUCGCCCUGUUUACCGAGCACAUGCGACGUUUCGGCCAGCUCGACGACGCCGAGGACGGCAUACUUUCCCUGGCUAGCGAGAACGGAUACGGCGGGAACGGAUCGGAUAUUGCCACCAUUGCGUUCUGGACCCAGGGCCAGGACGAUUUCUCCGCCCAUGAUCUGGACGAUACCUCGGCCCAUGAUUUGGACAACUCCUCGGCCCAUAACCAGGACCACAAUUCCUCAGCCCAUGGCGGGGACAAUUUCCCGGCCGGGAGCCAGCACAAUUCGUCGGAACUCUUUGGUUCCGACUACAUCAACCGCCACGGAGGUCGUCGCUGCCAGGUGUGUGCUCUGACCGUCCACCGCCGCGAUCCGAACACGGGCAGAACCACAGCCAGGCCCAGCCAUGUCUCUCUUGCUUGUGGCACCUGCGAAGAGCCUCCCGCCUCGCCGUCAGAGCCGCCUCGCUCGGCAUUCACCGUCAGUCUCCCGGCCGUGGUGGCAUUGAAUACAGUCGCAGUCGCCAGGUUCCUGUAUUUCUUGUGUCGACCUAGAUCUUGAGUGUGUGGCCAGACAGGAUUUACGAGUAUGUGGUCGCCAUUGGUUCGGGCGGGGAUGACGCGGUACCAUCUUGUCAUGGAAACUGAGAAGAGGCAAUGAGAAAUUUUGAAAGGAAGAACAUGAGGGGGUAUGGAAGGAAAAGGGACUGUCACGCGGCACGUUGCGAUCGCGGAUCGACAUUGUCGGGUGCAGUGAAAGUCUCUUGUUUUUGUAUUGUAUUGUAUAGUACGAUCUGUCUGUACGAGUAGAUGACUGGGUGGGAUUUUGGCGCUAAGAUGCCAUCUGGUAUCAAGAUGUUUGGGCCGGUUUGCGAAAUGUUUAUGCAUUCAAGAAUUGAUUGAGAUGCUCGAGCCUUGAUCAGUCGCUGUCGUGUUAGUAAUUGGUCACGGCGUGAGUGGCGGAAG